AUGGCGCCGACGCUAUCGGAGGAUGAGAUCGAUGAUCUCAUUUACCUGGCCCGAGCUGGAGAGAGUGAUGAACUGAAGGAGUCUCUUGCCGCCCUAGCAGAGCGAGAGAAGGUGUCACAUGCCGAGAUCCUGAUUGCGGCCAAGGAUGAAGGCAAAUCAACAGCCUUGCAUAUGGCAACGGGGAAUGGCCACCUGGAGACUGCACGGGAAUUGCUUCGUUGCUUCGAUGGCAGGCCAAAAGAAGAAAAGCAGGCAUUCAUUGAUGAAGCUAACGAGCACGGAAACACUGGCUUGCACUGGGCAGCUCUUGGCGGCCAUCUCGAUACCGUCAAACUUCUAAUGGACCAUGGUGCCUCGCCGGCCUUGGCAAAUGAGAGAAAUUACGUCCCGCUGGACCUGGCCAAUUUCAACGAUAAGCGGGAGGUGGCCGAGUAUUUCCUAGAGUCUGCUGGCAUGCUUGAAAACAACAACGUGGAGAGCGGUCUGGCCGAUGCAGCCGAGUCGAUUGAGCUAGCCGGGGAUGAAGAUGAUAAGGAGCAGGAAGAGGCUGCAUAA